AUGGAGCGAAAACGGUUUAUACAGGAAUUAUCGACCAAGCUCAAUAAUGAAGCAUUGCAAGAACAAGGAACAACGCGAGAAGUUCACAAGCGGGCAGGACCACACGUCACAGAGCCAGGCGAAGUAGGCGAAGGAAGCGGGCGCGAGGACAAGACAGCGGGAUCCGGGGACAUGGCAGGGAGACGGGUUCCAUCGACGGAAUGUUGGAUGUUGUGUCGGCGCUCGACUGCAGGGAAACUGGCCAGCAUCCGACGCGGUCCUGACGUCGUUUCCGAGUUCAGACAUCCGCGGCCAGCCCUAACUCACUACUUCGAAGCUUAA